CUCAUCACCAACUUAGUGAUAUCAUAUUCUUCUACUCCUCAUCCUUUGAUCAUCAUAAAAUGGGUGUGUUCACAGACGAAUCAGCUUUCAGCUCUGCCAUUGCACCAGCAAGGUUGUUCAAGGCAUUUUUCCUUGAUGCUGACAAUCUCAUUCCAAAAGUUGCACCCCAAGCUAUUCAAAGUGUUGAGAUUCUUGAAGGAGAUGGGGGUGUUGGAACUAUCAAAAAGAUCACCUUUGGCCAAGGUAGCCAAUUCAGCUAUGUGAAGCACAAGGUUGAAAACAUUGACAAUGAGAACAUGAGCUACAGCUACAGCUUGAUUGAAGGAGAUGCCUUGACAGACAAGAUAGAGAAAAUCACUUAUGAAACUCAAUUGGUAGAGUCCCCAGAUGGAGGGUCCAUCAUCAAUAGCAUCAGCAAGUACCACACCAUUGGUGAUUAUCAGAUCAACCAAGAUGAAGUUAAGGCCGGCAAAGAAAAGGCCGCUGGCUUGUUCAACCUUAUUGAAUCAUACCUUCAAGCAAAUCCUGAUGCCUACAACUAAUAAUAAUAAUGAACAAGCAGUGCAUUUAUAUAUCUACUUUUUGAGUUGAAAGAGUCAUUUGUGGUUUUUAUAUGUAAUUUGUUGAGCUUUGGACUUCGUUGUGGUGUGUGUAGAGUUCGAUUAAUGAUCAUCUCUACCAGUUUAUUUUUUUCAAAAAAAGAAAAUGUAUUUCAAUAUUGGAACUGAAGAAUGUAUUAUUUUCAAUGACUAUAAUAAAAUAAGUUAAAAAUUGUAAGCA